AUGGCAGGUGCUCCUAGCAGCGAAAAGCUUUGGGGAGGUCGCUUUACUGGUGGCCAGGACCCCCUCAUGACGGCGUACAACGAGUCCAUCUACUACGAUCGUGCCUUCUAUUCGCAAGACAUCCGUGGCUCCAUUGCCUGGGCCCGCGCAAACAAGAACAAGGGCAUUCUGAACGACCAGGAGUUUGCCGAGAUCGAGAGAGGUCUUAAAGAGGUGGAAGAAGAAUGGAAGUCUGGCAAAUUCAGCAUCAAGCCCGGCGUCGACGAGGACAUCCACACUGCCAACGAGCGUCGCUUGGGUGAGAUCAUCGGCAAGAACAUUGCUGGCAAGCUCCACACUGGUCGUAGCAGAAACGAGCAGGUUGCUGUUGACAUGCGCAUGUGGCUGCGUGAACAGCUCGAGAACAUCGAGUCGUUCCUCGUCGAUCUGCUCAAGGUCAUUGCCAGCCGCUCAGAACAAGAGAUUGAGCACGUCAUGCCUGGCUACACUCAUCUCCAGCGCGCACAGCCCAUCAGAUGGUCACAUUGGAUGCUCUCGUACGGCCUCGCCUUCGCCAACGACCUCGAGAGACUUCGUGAAGUCAAGCAGCGUGUGAACCGCAGCCCUCUUGGUUGUGGUGCCUUGGCUGGAAACCCCUUUGGCAUCGACCGUGAUGCCAUGGCCAAGGAGCUGGGCUUUGACACUCUCAUCUACAACUCGAUGGCUGGCGUUGCCGACCGUGACUUUGUCGUCGAGACGAUGCAAUGGGGAAGCAUGCUCAUGCUGCACCUGAGUCGCUGGGCCGAGGACUUGAUCAUCUACUCGAGCGCCGAAUUCAACUUUGUCAGACUCGCAGACGCCUACUCGACCGGCAGUUCGCUCAUGCCCCAGAAGAAGAACCCCGACUCGCUCGAGCUGAUCCGAGGCAAGGCUGGCAGAGCAUACGGUCAGAUGGCAGGUCUGAUGAUGACGAUUAAGGGCAUCCCUUCGACCUACAACAAGGAUCUGCAGGAGAGCGUUGAGCCUCUGCUUGACCACGUCAAGACUGUUGGCGACAGCAUUCAAAUCGCGACUGGUGUCCUCUCCACCCUCAACAUCCAGCCCAAGAACAUGCUGGCUAGCCUGUCACCCGACAUGCUUGCCACCGAUCUUGCAGACUACCUUGUCCGUAAGGGCGUGCCGUUCCGCGAGACCCACCACAUCUCUGGCAGAGUGGUCGCUCUCGCCGAAGAGAAGAACACACCCAUGGACAAGCUCUCGUAUGAACAACUGAAGGGUGUCGAUUCGCGAUUCGAGCAGGACAUCCUCGAGGUCUUUGACUACCAGAAGAGUGUCGAGAUGAGAAGCGCUUCGGGCGGUACUAGCAAGAGCUCGGUCAUGGAGCAAAUCAAGGUCAUCAAGCAGACCAUUGAGAAGAAGUAA